AAUGACGUCAUUUGCGAGUGACGUCAAUAUCGUAACCAUUACGUUAUUAAUUUACCUGACAGGUGGAGAAAAUGCAAGCAUUUUAUUAUACAUCCUCUACACUGUUGAUCUUAUGGUUUAUGAUAUCAAAGACAAAAUCUCACAGGGUACCAACUGACUUGCAUAACAAGAAGGACGACAUCGGAGCCCAAGAUAACCCAGACAUAGACUAUGAUAUUUACGAUUUACUUCAAGACGAUAUACAGCCAAGUGACAGUAUCAAACGUGGGGAAAAUCAGACACCAUUAGCGGAACUUGAACAGUUAACUAAGGCCGAGGGUGAACUCGAAAAUAUAUUUAAGACAAAAGGUUACGGUGAACGGUUACCCAAGGUCAAAGAUGAUUUUGACAUGUUAAUGAAGGCCAAAGAAGCCCAUGAAAAGUUGAUUGAAUCUAGUAGAGGUGAAAAAUAUAAAAAGAAAAAUGGAAUGAAAAGUGAAUCAAUGUUAAAGGGACACCAAAUAUUUCCAGUUUACCAUAAACAGCAAGACAAGCAUGUGACAGAAACAAAAAAGCACGAGGACAUGGCAAACCAUAACAAAAAAUAUUCUAAACAUUCCCAUCAUACGAAAAACACAGCCAUGGGCAUUGGUAAUGUCAACCGAAUACCAGAUAGUUCAAAAUCGCGCUUUGUUCCAAAUUCCCGACACAAAGUCUAUAAAUCAAGACCACAAUUAAAUAGUGGGGGCAAGAAGACGAAAGAUUCGUUUUUGAAUAACUAUGAUCAAGACGAAGACUCCAGCUCUGGUCUUGAGCUGUUGCAAAGUCGUCUGUCCGACAAAGAAUCCUCAAAUAUUUCUAUAACGUUAGAAGAAAAUGACAGUCCUUGGGAUGUCAGAUGUAAUGCCUCAGAUUCCAAACUCUGGAUAGGAAUUGCUAUUGGAGUUGGCGCCUGUUUGACAGUUGCGACUCUCGUUGGCUCCGUGUUCGUAUUAAUGAAUAAACGAAGGGGAUGUAACCAUUGGAGACGAUUCGCCAACACGAAUUUCUCGGCCUGUGUCAAGGACGAACAGCCGGUCUACAUCAAACUCUCUCAACUGCACGGGAAAAGAAAAAAUAAUGGAUGCAACUACAUCGUCACAGUGUUAGACGAAUCCAACUUUUCUGUGGACAGCAGCUGGAGUUCUGAAGAUGAACUAUUUGGAAUGUCCGACAUUAUGAACCGGUCAGCGGACAGAGCAAGAGAGAAAAGGUAUCUAUGAUAGUACGUUACGGUGGACGGAAUGACGUACGUGUUAAAUAGCUUGGUACUUGCAAAUACAAAAACAUCGACACCACUUAAAGGUUCGUGUUACCAACCUCCUCUGUUUAAUACAUGAUCUGGCAGCACGGCGAGUUGCCAGACACUAUAUACAGGUAUAUGGAGGCAAGACAAUGGAGUACAAAAUAUGUUUGUGCAAUAAGAUGCCAAUGCUCAAGAGCUGGAGCAGGCUUCACCAAUGUUUAUCGACCAGUAUAUAUAUAUAAAUUAUAUCCAAAGAGUAUAUAUAAUCAAUAAAAAACCCAA